CUUCUUUCAGCAGCAGCAACAGUUCGUCAGACACCUCGGUAGCUUGCUAGACAAAAUAGACGAACCAAUAAAGGUCUUUAGACGUAUUCGUAAUUAUUAGCCACUGUGUUUUAAACCCUCUUCUGUCGUCUAGUUAGUUAUCCGUUUUAAUUUCAUAUUUACAGUGUUGUUAUUAUUCCGUUAGCGGGCUGGUUAAGUUAGCAUUAGCCUAGCUAGCUAACAUCCCCGACCAUGCGGUCACUAAGCUACUCCCCUGCUAUAGAAGAAGCGGGUAUCACAGUAAAACAAGAAGUAGAGGAUGAGGCCGUUACUGUGAAAGAAGGGGAAGAAGCGUUCAGAGUGAAAGAGGAGGAGGAUGUUACAGUAAAAGGAGAGGAGGAUGCAGUUUAUGGAGUGAAAGAGGAGGAGGAAGAGAUGACUGUUACAUUGAAAACGGAGGAGGAAGAAGAGGAGGAAACUGGAUAUCUGGUCCCGGUUUCCCAAACGCAUCUUAAGGUGUCCGAUGGUUCUAACGGUGAACUUAGCCAUAAGAUGGUUUUGAGAAACCGUUCCCUGAUUAACACUCGAGAGAGACGGGACUAUCGUGGAUCCUCUGGGGAGCCUCAACAGCCCCAUGAUGCUGACAGGGCAGAGAAGAGUCUCUCCACAUCAGAACUCCUCAAGAAACACCAGCAGAGAUCGACAGGAAAGAAACCUCACCGCUGCUCUGACUGUGGGAAGAGAUUCACCUCCUCAUCAGGCAUUAAAAUUCAUCAGAGAUUCCACACAGGAGAGAAACCUUAUUGCUGUGGUCAAUGUGGGAAGAGAUUUACCUCCUCAUCAUGCAUUAAAAUUCAUCAGAGAAUUCACACAAGAGAGAAACCAAAUGGCUGUGCUCAAUGUGGGAAGAGUUUUGUUAAUUCUUGCAAUCUGACUGCACACCAAAGAACACACACAGGAGAGAAACCAUAUGGCUGUGCUCAAUGUGGGAAGAGUUAUUUUACAUCUAGCCAUCUGACUGCACACCAUAGAAUACACACAGGAGAGAAACCAUAUAGCUGUGAUCAAUGUGGGAAGAGUUUUGUUAAUUCUUGCAAUCUGACUGCACACCAAAGAACACACACAGGAGAGAAACCUUAUAGCUGUGGUCAAUGUGGGAAGAGUUUUACUACAUCUGGCUCUCUGACAGUACACCAGAGAACACACACAGGAGAGAAACCAUAUAGCUGUGAUCAAUGUGGGAGGAGUUUUAGUACUUCUAACUAUCUGACAGUACACCAGAGAACACACACAGGAGAGAAUCCGUUAUGUGAUCAAUGUGGGAAGAGUUUUACUACUUCUGGCUAUCUAACUAUACACCUUAGAACACACACAGGAGAGAAAUCUUAUAGCUGUGAUCGAUGUGGGAAGAGUUUUACUCAGCCAAACAGCCUGAAUAUACACAAGCGGACACACACAGGGGAAGGGAUACUUCCCUUCCCCUGUGUCUCAGAUCUCUGAUUAAACAUAAAAUACAUCAAGGAGUUGUUUCAUGAUAUCAUUGAAAUAAUGUCACAAUGUAGAAUGUUUUAACAUUGUAGUAGGAGUAUUUUAAUGAUGUCACAAUGUAGAAUGUUUUAACAUUGUAGUAGGAGUAUAUUAAUGAUGUCACAAUGUAGAAUGUUUUAACAUUGUAGUAGGAGUAUUUAAAUGAUGUCACAAUGUAGAACCCUAAAUGUUUGUCCCCUGUUCUAUUGAUUUCAACAUGAUAUGGAUAUUAGCCUCAGGGGGGAAAUCCAGGCUCUGAAUUGGAAGAGUAUUAUUUAUGAGAUUUAACAAAAAGUUACUAACACAAAUAGAGCUGUGUUACACUUACCACGUUGGUGACCCACUGGAAUCAAAAUGCAACACUUCAAAAUGUAGCUAGCUGUUUUCUACAAGUUGUCCUCUAAUCAGGGAUGUACACAUUAUUCCCAUAUUCUGUGUGGUUUUUGAGCUGUUAGUUUUAACAGGACGCGAAACCUCAUCUCCCUUCUGUCACACAAUUAAUUUUGACAUGAUAUCGAUGAGUGAUGACAAAUAAGGGUUGUGUUCGUUUGUUUAGCGACCCCUACAUUUAAAUUCAUCACUCCAAAAUGUAGCUGACUGUCUUCUGCGGGUUGUCAUCUAACCAGUGAGGUUAAAGAUAUUUCCCAUUUCCAUGUGUUUUUUUAGUUGUUAGUUUCAACAGCACAUACAACCUGAUUUCCCCCCUAAUCGAUAUCAGUGAUUUAUUGCUACUUGUCAAAACAACAGUGUUUCUGGUGCUUGUGCAGUUUAUAAGGUGCUUGUUUUAAAAAAUAUUAUUAUUGUGGCAGAUGUUUGUGUAAAUAGCACAUGUUAGGUUUUCAAUUUAUCCCAAACUGUUUCUGCAUAUUGGUUAUUGAUUUGGACAUGUUAAAACUGUGUUUUGACAUUGGGGCUAUCCUACCAAGCAACUAUGCAACCAAAUAUUUCAUAUUUACAUUUCAUGUAACAUUUGGUAAUGAUAAUUAUUUAUGCAACCAACUGAUAAUUAUAUUGACAUUGUUGCCCUGCUUUUAGAAUAUCAAGGUUAAUUCUCAGAUGUGCCAACCCAAAUGUACUAGAGCAUGACAUUGGGGACUGGGACCCGAUCCAACAACAUGCCUAUCUAGUGAACUCUGAAAAGAGAGAGAAGCUCAGCAGUGAGGUGGAAAGUUACUACGGAUAUUGCAGGAGUUUCCUCUUGAAAUCAGACAUGUCUGUGGUGAGAACAACCUGGUUGCUGAUUGUCUCAAGGGGGGCAGUCAAAAUGUUUUGUGUUUUGCAUUUAGCCAGUGCAUUGCCAUGGAUCACAGUUUAUUUUUACUGCACGUUUUUCCGUAUUGGAGAUGAGUUUUGUUUGGGCUCGUUCCAAGGGGACGGGAGUUCUAGAAGCGAAUGAGUUUUAGGAAGACGAGAGUUCUAGAAGCUAUAGAAAGAAAAAUCUUUGUGGGAAUAAUAAAAAAUAAAUAUUGUUUGUAAUUGUUGUUUGCCAGUAGACAGACACCAUGUUUAUAUUGGUGAAGGUGAAGCA